CUAGAACUUAAUUGCCAGUACGUGUACGUACCGGUACGAGGUUGAGUUCGACUACAAAGUAUCUUAGAUCUUCUUUGGGAGUUAGUAGCCAAGAGUUCUGUUAAUGCAUCACCGUCCAUCAAAGUGGAAUGGCUUCAAUAUGGAGAGCAUAUCUAGGACUGCUUAAUAAGUAUCCCUUUCGUACACAAGCAGUAACAGCAGGUGUGCUAUUCUUCACGUCAGACUGCAUCUCUCAGCAGGCGGUAGAGGGGAUAGGAUGGAAGAAUCAUGAUAAAAUAAGGACUGUCAGACAAACUGCAUUUGGGUUGUGCUUUGCAGGUCCAACUUUAUUUGCAUGGUACAAGCUCCUCAAUAGAAUCUACCCUGGCUCUGGGAAGCUGACCCCUCUAUGGAAGAUGCUUACAGAUCAAAGUGUGUGUGCGCCAACCUUUCUCGUUGCGUAUUUCUCAAUCGUUGCCUUGACAACAGGGAAGAAAGUGGAUGAAGUCCCUGCCAUUGUGAGAAGGGAUGUACCUAGUACCUAUGCUAAAGGGCUGAUGAUCUGGCCGGCAGUACAACUUGUCAAUUUCUACUAUGUGCCUCUUCUACACAGAGUGAUGGUUGUCAAUGUAGUUAAUAUUGUGUGGACCACCUAUUUAAGCUGGAAAGCAAACGCUGCCGAGAAUAGAAUAUAACAUCCACCUCUAGACCUACCUGCACUGAUCUCAAUACAUAUUCAAAUAUAAUGAUGCACGGUGAUGAAAAGAUGUACUACCAGUUUGUGCCCAUGUACGUUGUGAUUCCAAAAUUUAUUGAGAUGGUGUGUUUUUUUGGAUGGCCAUAGCUCAAAGGAAAACUCCGCCUUGAUCAUGAUCCAACAUGAUAUUCACAAGCCCAAAUUGCCAGUUCUUCCUCAAUCAACUCGUUCCCUCUAAUCUCUUUUGUAUUGUAGAAUGCCGUAACUAAUUAUCUUCAUAAGUGUUAACAAUGGUUCAUAAUUUCAUCAUAUUUGUUUGAAUUUCAACAUUUUAUUCUUUUAUAUCUAUUUACCGAGGUGAGAUUUUCAUUUAUGUUUUGCAAGCCAUCUGUACUCUCGAAUUAUAUGAAUGAUUCAGAGUGAUACAGA